AAAAAAAGAUCCCGGCAAGUUCGCAUCAAAAUACACUAUAUUUCUCGCAGAUAGCAAUGCUAGCUAACGAAAACCGGGAGCUGCUAAAGUGUAUUAUCAAAGAUUGUUGUGUUAACAGUCUGGCUGUGUGUACCUGGUUAUGCUAACUUUGUUAAAUGUUAGUAUAACAAAAAUACAGUUCUUCACAAUAUGUGGUGCUUUUUGUAGUUCAGAUAGUGACCAUACUACGAGUUUUAUUCGAGCGUUUGCAUUUAGGAAAAGUAAGCGCGAUAGCUAGCCAGUCAGACUAAUACAGCCCCACCACCAUGUUCAAAUGGAAACACUUUCUGUGAGGAUAACAACAGAUAGCCAAGGAGAAAACAACCUUCCCACAAUGCCCUUCUAAUGUGUGGGAGGUUGAGCCAGCUUAGUGAGGUGAUCCCAGGUCCUCAUGAGCCUUCCGUUACUACCUCUGGAAACACUGAUCCCAGCCAGCAUGUGUGGGAGAGGGCAGCGCCGCGCACAGACAGGCCGAGCAGGUGGACCACGGCUAGGGAGAUGACCCUUCGGUGGGUGUCCCACCAGUUCUGGAGGCACCGAAUGACAGGUCUCCUGGUGACUCUGGCUGUGACCUUACUGCUUAUGCUGCUGGCCACUCACUCUCUUCAGCCUCUCAGCCAAAAACCAGUUGUAGAGAAAAGGACAAAGCAUGAAAAUGCACAGCACAAACAAAAACAGACCUCCCACAAGGAGAACAGCGGGAGGAAGUCAGGUGAGGUGGCCACCACACAGCCUACAGAGGACAUCACCGGCUCCACCACUGAGAGGAGGAGGAGGACCCCACCACCAAUCGUCUUCCUCAAAACACACAAGACGGGGAGCAGCACUGUCCAGAACCUUCUGUUUCGGCUUGGCGAGCGAGAGAAAGCCACAUUUGCCUUCCCAUACUACACUUACCAGUUCAGUUACCCUGAGAGGUUCCGAGCGGAGUUUGUUGAUGAGCUGCCGGACGGCUCCUCCCAGUUUGACAUCCUGUGCAGCCACAUGCGUCUGGACCUGGCUCAGGUGAGGAAGGUGAUGCCCCAGAACGCUGUGUACAUCACGCUGCUGCGCGAGCCCCUGCACACCUUCGAGUCCGUCUUCAACUACUACACCUCCACCGUGCCUGCCUUCGCCAAGGCCCAGAAGGCAGCCGAUGCUGCCGCGGUGGCCGCAGCUGCAGCCGGCUUCCUGAAGCGAAAGUCGGCGCUCACCAUCUUCCUGGAGAACCCGGAGGCCUACUGGGACCCCAUGGAGGUGGGAAACGGCCUGGCUAAGAACCCCAUGUGCUUUGACAUGGGGCUGAACAACCUGCAGUGGAACAGCUCGUGGCCAGAGGACCUGGCACGCUUGGAGGAGACCUUCCACCUGGUGAUGAUCGCCGAGCACUUUGACGAGUCGCUUGUGCUGCUGGGGGCGCUGCUGGGCGUGGGCCUGGACGAGCUGGCGUACGUGCGGCUCAACGUACGCUCGGUGCUGAGUGUGGCCACGCUGGACCAGGCCUCCAAGGAGCGGAUGAGCACUUGGAACGCCCUGGACACGCUGCUCUACGACUUCUUCCUGCAGCUCUUCUGGGAGAAGGCCGAGAUGUACGGGCGCAAGAGGCUGACACGUGAGGUGGCGGAGCUGCGGAAGGCCACCGAGCGCGUGCGCAGGAGGUGCGUGGCCCGCGAGGGGGUGCCCCCCGGGCAGCUGGAGGAUCUGGUGCGGCCCUGGCAGACCAACUCGGCCACCAUCAUGGGGUACGAGCUCAAGGCCAACCUCAGCCAGCUGGAGCAGGGCUUCUGUGUGCGACUAGUGCUGCCUGAGCUGCAGUACCAUUCCCACCUGUACUUCCAGCAGUACGGCCGUGAUAUGAGGUCUGUGCCCACUGACUGAACUGGACAAGCUGGACACCUGUCUGUGUUUGAUAUUCUUGAUAAGUAGCUAUGAGUCAAUUUACUUCAAAUCAGAUGAGAUGUUGAUGUAAAUAUUAUUAGAUGGUAAAAUGGUUAUUUAUUUUUUGAAAUAUAUAUAUAUAUAUAUAUAAAUAUAACAGUGUAUUUAUUCAAUAAAUAUGUCCAUUUUGAUAUUGCCAGAGAAGAACUAAUGGGGAAAAUAUGUAAAUAAAAACGGAACGAGAUGAAAAGUAAACAGUGGUACCUAUACAUGCAUGCUGAAAAACACACACCCCA